AUGCGCAAGGUCACGCAAAGGAUUCAUACUGGAGAAAAGCCUUUUGAAUGUAACGAAUGUGGAAAAUCCUUUAACUGGAGUAGACAACUUACCGCACAUAAGAGAGUUCAUACUGGAGAGAAACCCUUUGAAUGUAAUGAAUGUGGGAAAUCUUUUAGCAGGAGUGCCUCCCUUACUAAACAUAAGAGAAUCCAUAUUGGAGAGAAACCCUUCGAAUGUACUGAGUGUGGGAAAUUCUUUAAUUGUCAUGCACACCUUAGUGAACAUAAGAGAAUUCAUACUGGAGAAAAACCCUUUGAAUGUAAUGUGGUCUCCUUUAGGUGGAGAGGACAACUUACUAGACGUAAGAGAAUUCAUACUGGAGAAAAACCCUUUGAAUGCAACGAAUGUGGAAAAUUCUUUAAUCAGCGUGGAAACCUUACUGAACAUGAGAGAAUUCACACUGGAGAGAAACCCUUUGAAUGUAGUGAAUGUGGGAAAUCCUUUGAACAGCGUGGAAACCUUACCGACCAUAAGAGAAUUCAUACUGGAGAGAAGCACUUUGAAUGUAAUCAAUGUGGCAAAUCCUUUAAUUGUCGUGGAAAACUUAUUGACCACAAGAGAAUUCAUACUGGAGAGAAACCUCUUUGA